AAUAUCGAUAGGUUCUUGUUCUUACUAAUGUUGUAUCAGGGAGUUGUGAUUGUUGAUUAGCAAAUAAAUGUAUAUUUCAAUGGGUUUUUAAACGAUUGCUUUUGUUAAAUUGUUUUACAGUUACAGCAUUACAUUUUCGUAUAUUUUUACACAUAUUGUACAUUUAUCUUAUUCUGGUGUUUUCUUUAUUUAAAGCCUGUACAGUCUGACUAGUGUUUAUAUAGGCUACUUAUAUUAGACAUUGGAUAGUAAGUCGGCUUGGUAAUUUUUUUAGUCAGAUUCAAUCAUAGACAGAUAUCAAAACAAUAUGUUACGUCCAAAAAUCUUGGCUCAAGUAUUGAGUCAAGCUAAUACUGGAGGAGUUGAAAAUACAUUGUUACUCAACCAUGAAGGGACCCUGUUAGCAUACAGUGGCUUUGGUGAUAGAGAUGCUACUGUUAUCGCUGCCAUUGCCAGUAACAUAUGGUCUGCCUAUGAGAAGAAUGGCCGCAAUGCCCUCAAGGAAGAUAAGCUCCAACUGGUGUUGAUGGAGUGUUCGGAAGGAAAGGUGGCAAUCACACAGGUAGCCAAUCUACUUCUGUGUUUAUAUGCUCGGGAAACUGUGGGCUUUGGAAUACUUAGAGAAAAAGCUCAGGCGCUUUCUAGAUAUCUAGAAGGCCCUCUACGUCAGGUGACCACCUCCUAGUCUACAUUACCUAAACACGUGAUAUUAAUUUAUAUUCUAUUUUAUGAUAAGAAUCGUUUUGUACAAGUUCUACUAUUGAAAUAAACUCAUAUUAUACUCUAUUGUAUAUUGUUUGUAAAAUAAAUUAUAUUUUGAAAUAUCAAAAA